CCCAAUCACUAGUCACCACAAAGAGAGAAAAAAAAGGAAAAAGAAAACUCUUUAGAUUAUAUAGUCACAUUACUACAUUAUUAUUACUGCAGUAGCACCUUCUGUUCUGUCCCGACCAACCCCUCAUGCGUUGUCGUCUCACCGGCGCAACCCAUCAACUUCGCCGGAAACUUUGCUCAAAAGGGUCACCCAAUUCACUCAUGGCUCUCAAUUCUCAACCUUAAGUUUUCACCUUUAUUUUCACCUUUUUGAGCUAUUUUGGGUGCUGAAUCUUUGAAAUUUUCGAGGGUUGUUCAACUCUGAGCGGUAUGUACGUGGUGCCUCCGCCGCAACGAUCUGAUCCAGGUUCAGGAUCCGAUGGUUUGCGGGUUUAUCAAGCAUGGAAAGGAAGCAAUAAAUUUUUUCUUCAGGGAAGGUUCAUAUUUGGACCAGAUGUGAGAUCAUUGGGGCUUACAAUUUUACUCAUUGUUGCUCCUGUCGCAGUUUUCUGUGUCUUUGUUGCCAGAAAACUAUUGAAUGAUUUUUCUGACCAUUGGGGGAUACCCAUAAUGGCUGUUGCAGUUAUUUUCACAAUUUAUGACUUGGUUCUUCUUUUGUUAACAUCUGGUCGAGAUCCUGGUAUAAUACCACGCAACGCACACCCUCCUGAACCAGAAGGUUUCGAUAAUAAUGCAGAUGUUGGUGCCGGUCAGACUCCUCAAUUGCGGUUGCCACGGAUUAAGGAGGUUGAGGUCAAUGGUGUUGUUGUCAAGGUCAAGUACUGUGAUACUUGCAUGCUUUACAGGCCUCCUCGAUGCUCACACUGCUCAAUCUGUAAUAACUGUGUAGAACGGUUUGAUCAUCACUGUCCAUGGGUUGGCCAGUGUAUUGGGCUGCGUAACUAUCGCUUCUUCUUCAUGUUCGUCUUCACAACUACGCUACUUUGUGUAUAUGUUUUUGCAUUUUGCUGGAUCUAUAUUAGAAAAAUUAUGGAUGCAGAGGAAACAAAUAUUUGGAAGGCAAUGAUCAAAACCCCAGCCUCCAUAGUUUUAAUAAUUUACACCUUCAUAUCAAUGUGGUUUGUUGGUGGCCUUACUGCUUUCCAUUUAUAUCUGAUUAGUACAAAUCAGACUACUUAUGAGAACUUCAGAUACCGAUAUGACCGACGAGCAAACCCAUAUAACAAAGGAGUGUUGAAUAAUUUCAAAGAGAUAUUCUGCAUCAGCAUAGCCCCCUCAAAGAACAAAUUCAGGGCAAUGGUGCCAAAUGAACCGGCAUUACCAGCUCGAUCAGUGAGUGGAGGAUAUAUGAACCAAAGUUUGGGAAAAUCUGGAGACGACAUAGAAAUGGGAAGGAAAGCAGUAUGGGAGAUGAAUGCCGGAAUGGAUGAGUCGGAUAGUCAAUUAAACAAUGAUCGUGCAACUAUAAAAGAUGGCGAGUUAUCUUCUGAAAUUAGGACGACCGUAGAUGAAGCAGUUGACCGUGUUGGAGUUCAUCCUAGGCGAUCUAGCUGGGGAAGAAAAAGUGGAAGCUGGGAAAUGUCUCCUGAAGUGUUAGCCUUGGCAGCCAGGGUUGGGGAGCAAAAUCGUGCCGGUGAAGGUAACAGUAGUAGUACGCGAGAUCAGUCUUAAGCAGCCGUUGCAGCAAAUUGCCUGGCCAAAAGGGACAUGAAGAUUUGAUUUUAUGGUAAAAAAAAAAAAAAAAAGUUUACGAUUUUCAUGUGGUAACUAUACAACAAAUGUAUUGUAUGUGCAAAAUGGAGGGCUGUAGGUAAAUGCAGUGUGUUUGUAUUGUAAGUGUUGUUUUAGCCUUUUCUGCUUGUCAGAAGGAAUUGUUUGGAGUGCUGUGAGUGGGAGCUUUGUCUUGCUUUGCUUGUUGUUGUUGUUGUUGUAUUUAUGCUUACCAAUCAAUUAGCCUUUGCUUCUUGGGAAGUUGCUGCUGCUGGAUGCCAUUGGCAAGGAGUAUUAUUGAGAGUCCAUCAUGGGUGAACUUUGUCAAAUGAAAUUAUUGCCAACUUAUAUCUGGUGCUUGAAUUGUUGAAAUGUAGUUGGUGUGUUGGAUAAUAAACCUUUCAAGAACUUUGAUGCCUCGCUA